CCGUUUCCGUUUUUCCUUUGCAGGCGGCCUCCUCGGGUCCCUUGGCUGGCCGCUGAGCAGGGGAACAGGCUGGGGUCGCCACGGCGGAGGUCGCUGCCGCCACCCCCUUGUGGGGGUGGCUGGGGUUCCCGGCUGGGGGGGCACCGUUCCGAGUGAGACGUCCACCAUGGUGAGGCCCCUGAGCCGCUGCUCCCGCGCCCCCCCGGCCGCCACUGCCUGCUCCCCCUCGGCGUUGCUCCUGCUUCCCCGCCUGCUGUUACUCCUCCAUCUCCAGAUCGGAUCGCGGUGAGGGAAAGAUGAGCGAGGAGACGGCGACUUCUGACUACGAUAAUAGUUAUGCACGAGUGCGAGCUGUGGUGAUGACCCGAGAUGACUCAAGCGGUGGAUGGCUACCCCUUGGCGGGAGCGGUCUGAGCAGCGUCACUGUCUUCAAAGUCCCUCAGCAGGAGGAGAAUGGCUGUGCUGACUUCUUUAUCCGUGGAGAGCGGCUCAGGGACAAAAUGGUGGUUUUGGAAUGUAUGCUUAAAAAAGACCUCAUUUAUAAUAAGGUCACUCCAACAUUUCACCAUUGGAAGAUUGAUGACAAGAAGUUUGGCCUUACCUUUCAAAGUCCUGCUGAUGCUAGGGCAUUCGAUAGAGGCAUUCGAAGAGCUAUAGAGGAUAUUUCUCAAGGAUGCCCACCAUUGAAAAUUGAAGCUGAAGGAACAGAAGAUGACAUACAAGCAACUGAAGAGGACGCUUCCAGUUCUCUAGUAAGAGAACACCUUUUCCAUCAUGAGACAGUUGUUACCAGUGACCCUUAUAGAAGCGCAACUAUAAGACCAACGCCCUUUGAAGAUCUGAAUGCCAGAAGAGUUUAUUUGCAAAGCCAAGCCAAUCAGAUAACAUUUAGUCAGCCGGGCCUAGACAUUCAGACCAGAAGUAUGGAAUAUGUACAGCGGCAAAUAUCUAAGGAAUCUGGAAGUCUUAAGUCUCAAAAUAGGGUCCCUCUGAAGUCAGUCAGACACGUCAGCUUUCAAGAUGAGGAUGAGAUUGUCAGAAUAAAUCCUCGAGAUAUCCUAAUACGCCGGUAUGCAGACUACAGGCAUCCUGACAUGUGGAAAAAUGACUUGGAGAGAGAGGACGCAGAUUCCAGUAUUCACUUUUCUAAGCCAGACAGUAAAAAAUCAGACUAUCUCUACUCAUGUGGGGAUGAGACUAAGUUAAGUUCACUCAAAGACUCUGUGGUAUUUAAGACACAACCAUUAAAAGUUAAGAAGUCAAAACGAAGAAAAGAGGAUGGUGAACGUUCUCGCUGCGUAUACUGCCAGGAAAGGUUCAAUCAUGAAGAAAAUGGCAGGGGAAAAUGUCAGGAUGCUCCGGAUCCGAUUAAAAGAUGCAUAUAUCAAGUUAGUUGCAUGCUCUGUGCAGAGAGCAUGUUGUAUCAUUGUAUGUCAGACUCGGAGGGAGAUUUUUCUGAUCCCUGUUCGUGCGACACUAGCGACGACAAGUUCUGCUUACGAUGGUUAGCCUUGGUAGCUUUGUCUUUCAUUGUACCAUGUAUGUGCUGCUACGUCCCUUUGAGAAUGUGCCAUCGCUGUGGUGAGGCGUGUGGGUGCUGUGGGGGGAAACAUAAAGCUGCUGGGUGAGAGGAUCCAGUGCCACAAGGAGCGUAAAACCUUUGUUUCCAGGAAUUAGCUAACUUGGAUUUGUGGAAGCUUUUGGCAAGCAGUAUGGAGCCUUGCCUAGUGUCACUGGGGCCACACGUGGAGGAAGCAGAGCUCAGCAGUUCUUUGGCAUUUCACAAGCUAGCCAUGCUUACCUUUUCCCUUGAGUGCAUGGCAUGUUUUGUUACAGGGUGUAGAGUACUUGCAGGAGGAAAUCAUUUCUGGUUUUUGACUAUAAAAAGUCAGCAUAAAAUACGAUCCAACUAAAAGGGAUUAAUUUCUGUAUAUUUAUGCAUUAGGUGAUGGGACUUAUAAAGGUUUAAUUAUAUUAGGACAUGAACUAAAAAGUGCACUAGAGGACAGUUGAUUUCAAUCUAAGAAAAGUUAACACUUGGAUAUUACAAGAAGUAAAGCAAGUGCAACUAAACCAUUUAUUAGUUGACUUUUGACAGCAGUUUUAUGUAUAAAUAACAAAUGUUUAUAUUUAACUAAAUGUAAGGUACGAAUUAUUACAUAUUAAACUUUUCUUGCCCUUCCUAGUUCUGAAGUAGAUACAUAUAUAUCUACUGUCACAUUCCAUAUAUUUUGAAUAUUUAACUCAUCUAAUUAAUAACGUUUUUAUUCCAUGUGAAUGAUUUCAUAUUUUCAUCCUCAUUUCUUUUUGGCUACAGUUUAUAUUGAGUUAUAUCUGUACAUUCUGGUAAUCUAAAUCCUUUAAAAUAUUCUAAUAUCCUUGAGUGACCAACUUUUUUUUAAAGCACAGAUGUAAUUGUCUAAUGUUCUGAUGGGAACGUAACACUUAUUUUUAUAUGAAAAGAGACUGAGUAAACA